AUGAAUAAUAUGAACUACUCGGGAAAUCAAGGGCCUGGCGGCCAAAUGCCGCCCCAUCAGUACAUGGGACAGCAGGGUGGCCAACCCAAUCGGAUGGUUAUGCAACAAGGCGGAAGGAUGGUAUGCUAUUCCUUUUGUUUUUGAAGUCUUAUUUUAGAUGCCGAACCAGCCAAUGAAUUCGCAGAACAUGAUGCACAUGCAGGGAAUGCGCUAUCCGCCUCAACAAGGCCAACAAGUACCUCAUGGACAAAUGGGACAGAUGGGAAGACCCGAAAUGGGACAGCAAAUGUCGCAGCAACAGCAAAAUCAUCGCAUGUUGAUGACCAUCCUCUACAACAACAUGCCACCUGAAUGGAGACAGCGGGUUGAGGCCAGCAAGACUAACCAGGAGAGACAGAAGGUUGUUUUCGACUACAAAGAGCAUGUAAGAAAGAUUUCUUUGAAGCUUUUCAAGCAUUUUUUUUUGAGUUUUAGUUGUAUUAUUCAUGACGAGUGUAACCAAUUGUUGAGGCGGCCUUUGAUUAGUCCAAUUAAUGGAUCAAAACAAUACUAAUAGCGAGUAUUUGUAGAUCGGAGCAGCAGCAGUCAAUAGUUUGAUCGCACAGCAUCGACAAAACCAACAAAUGGGCGGAGGACCUCCUCAAAUGCAUCGUCAAGGUUCAUUUCAAAUGAAUCAACCCAACCAAUUCCAGCAACAACCUCAACAAGGACAACAUGACCAAUUCUCCAUGAGAUCGCAGCAAUUUCUGAACCAACAGGGCCCGAGUCAAGAGCAGAAAGUCGGAGCUCCCACCCAGAUGGGGCAGAUGCAGAACUCCCCUCAGGUGGUGCAACGUCCCGGAUCCGUGAAGCCGGUUGUGACUGGAGUUCAGCCAUCGCCCCAAUUCCAAAACCAGUACCAGCAAGGAGGGCCUCCGUCGGUGAAUGCGCCGGGCACUCCGCAACAUCCAAAUCAAAUCAAAAAUCACUCUCCGAUGGCGGCGUCGGCUCAGUUAAGUCAAGUCAAGGUUCAGCAACGUCCCGGAGGGCCUGGAUCAGUCGGAGGACCAAGAUCAAUGCAUUAUGCACCGUCGCCGGGAAUGGCCGGAGGUCCGGGAAGUGUUCAGAAUCAAGGCCCACCUUCUCAGCCACCUCCAGCACAACCUCUAAGUGUGCAAGGACAACGGUCCGGCACUCCGAAUCCUCAACAGAGAUCUGGUAUGUUAUAAUUGUCAUCAACAUGACAUGCUACCUAAAAGAUGUCUAGUACAAUAUUGCCUAAUUUUAAUGUGAAUUUUCAGGACAAACCCCAACCCCCAUCGACAAAGAUCAACCGGAAUAUAAGGCCGUCCUCGAGGAACUGAAGAGCCUAAGGCAACAAACUUUGAUCUUGCUGGAAAGAGUCAAACUAGACCGACAUCAAAAUCUGGAGAAGUCUCUGGUCAAAGUAAUUGAGAUUAUGGAAGGUAAAAAGUAAGUAUCUUAAAGUUUUUCUUUUAUUUUUAGGAGUUGGACUAGAUUUAGAUAUCAAAUAUCAAGUGUAAUAUUGAAAAUCCUUAUUAACUGGAUUUGUUUCAGAGAAGUGGAUCUGAAGCUGAUGCAGAGGUUACUAAAUAAUGUCAAGACCUCGAUCAACCUUCAUCGGCCGGUCAGAUACCUCAACGAAUUCGUUGGCCGACUAAAUAAGGUACCAAAGGAUUUGGAGAUGGGUAGACUGCCGGAUAAAUGGGAGCAUUUGGACAAAAUGAAGAUCAAAAUGACGGACUCCGCAAAAGACAACAUCAAAGACAUGUUGGCAGAGGAACGAGAGAAGAGGAAGAGAAAGGCGCCAACAAUGAGUGAAGUGAAGGGUAAGGAGAAGAUAAUUUUGUGAUCUGUGUUUAGUGGAAAGCGAUGAUCAAGAUGCAGUAUACGAACUCAAGUCUCAUGUCGCAAAAGCAUCAAAGAUCCGAGUGAAAAGGCCGAUUUACGAAGAGCUGGAGAAGUUUACUUAUUACGUGGAUCCCGACUUUUUACCGAUUACAGACAACUCGAAUUAUGUCCAAAUCAUUGUGGAAUUCAAACCGGUGAGUUACUAGAUACGAUAGAAAAGAAAAUGAUUAGGGCUGGAUCAGUUUUUAAGACCGAUCUUUGAGGAAUCAUGAUUAUAUUAUAGUAGUUCUAUAGUAUAAUGUAAAAUGUGUUGAAAUGAAAACCUAUGUUUUCAGAAAGAACUCGACAGAUUGGACUAUGUGAUACCCCCGCUUCGAAUCCUGAUUCCUCGCGAGUACCCGGCCCAGCCCGUCCAACUCGGGCAUCUGAUCCCCUUCCGUGCUGAUCCCCAGUGUCCAGUCACCGUCAAAGUGAUGGAAGCCUUGACCAAAGAAGUCGAUGAACAGGUUCUCUCUUCUCUCACCCAGCUGAUUGCCCUUUGGCGAAGGGUCUCCGUCCGCUUACUCAUCCCCAAUGCCGACAGGAAUAUAAGAAAACAAUUGGGGGUCAAUUAG